AUGGGAGGGGAGCCUACUGGUUUUUUUAAGUCUACGAGAGGGGUGAGUCAGGGAGACCCACUAUCGCCAGCUCUGUUCAUUAUUGCGGAGGAGGUACUGAGUAGGGGAUUGAGAGCUCUAUUUAUGGAGGGUAGGGCAGAGUACUACAGCCUCCCGAGGGGAUGUCCGGGAAUUUCUCACAGUCUUUUUGCUGAUGACACGAUAAUUUUUUCAAGCGGCUUGAAAUCAUCAUUGAAGCAGAUCUGUGGCCUAAUUAAUAGUUAUGAAGGUUUCUCGGGCCAACUGGUAAAUAAAUCAAAGAGUUACUUUGUGAUUAGCGAGAAGGCUUCAAACCGCAAAAGCCUCAAGGUGGAAGGGAUUACAGGGUUUCCCAGGAAGAGGCUGCCAAUUACGUACCUAGGGGAGCCCCUGUUCUCAGGAAGACUGCGGAUAUGUUUCUUUAAUGAAUUUUUGGCUAAGAUGCGUAACAGGGUUGCGGGCUGGCAAAGGAGAACAUUGUUUUCAGGUGGACGAGUAGUGUUGCUCAAACAUGUGCUGGCAGCCAUGUCGAUUCAUGUAGUGUCCUCGUUGGACAUUCCCACCACUAUUCAAAGAAAAUUCAAUGGAAUCUACUCGGACUUUCUGUGGGGCCAAUCAGAAUGGGGUAAAAGGCAUCAUUGGGUUUCAUGGAGCAAGGUGUGUGCACCAGUUGCUGAAGGGGGUUUGGGAAUUCGAAAUUUAGAAGAUAUGACAAGGGCGUUGCGUCUGAAGGGUCUGUGGAGAGCAAUGACUGGGAAAUCAUUAUGGUGCAAAUUUUUAUAA